AUGCUGCUGAGAUAUGUCGCCGUUGCAACUGCUUUACUGUUCACGAGUGUUGGCGCGGACACACUGGAUUUCGAGCUUGCGAAGCGUGAGAGCGUAGCAUAUCCGCCCCUACCGACACUUUCGACAUGUGCGCAAGCCUGCCUUACAGAGGCACUACCAGCCUCGAAAUGCAAGAGCUCGACAGAUCAGAUAUGUCUUUGUGCCAGCGAAGCCUACGCCGAUGCUGCGGGAGAGUGCCUAGCGCGAAGUUGCAGUGUUGUCCAGGGCCUGCAAACACGAAAAUACUUGGCCAUCACUUGCAAAGAACCGAUUCGUGAUCAAGGACCCCUGACGAGAUCUGUGUCCUGGGUCAUGUUCGCGCUCGCCACCUUUGGAACACUCGCUCGAUGUCUAUCCCGCAUGCGUGCUUUGGGUGGAACUGGCUAUGGUUGGGACGACUGGACGAUAAUUUUGGGCUGGCUUGUUCUUAUACCGGUGAACGGAUUGCUACACAUCAUGGUCGACGAGGGACUCGGGCAGGAUAUCUGGAUGUUGCGGCACCCGAAUUACCAAAUCAGCAAGAUCCUAAAAUUCUUCUACAUUUCUGAAUGGCUCUACGUUCUCGAAGUCAAUACGAUCAAGAUUUCCAUUCUUCUCCUCUACCUGCGAAUGUGGCCUGCAGAUUUCAGCUGGUUCCGUAAGACCUGCCUCGUUUUCAUGGCAGUUCUGGCAACCUUUACGGUAGUUGCGAUAGCGACUCUUGGACUUGGUUGCCAGCCCAUGGAAUACUUUUGGCUGAAGUGGGAUGGAACUCAUGAAGGAUAUUGCAUCAACCAGAACGCUCUGAUCUGGUCAAACGCCGGCUUCACGAUUGGAUUCGACGUGCUGUGCAUCAUUCUACCACUACCACGCCUCAUCGCGCUCGGCAUACCUACUCGCAAGAAGAUCGCAGUAGUCUUGACUUUCGCUCUUGGAGGCUUCGUCACCAUCUGUUCCAUCCUCCGACUCCGCACACUCGUCGAAUGGGGCAACGCCACGAAUAUGACAUGGUACUACAAUCCGAUCGCCAUCUGGAGCAACGUCGAACUGAACCUCGGAGUGCUUUGCGCCUGCAUGCCGGCCACUGCUGGACUACUACAGCGAUGCUACAGCAAGGCUUCAGGCAAAGCACUCUUGACGAACGUGCGGCGGCCAGUAUCAUGCGAACCGACUCCACCGAAAGACGUGGAACAAGGCAUCGAGCAGCGAUCUUUAUACGAAUUAAGAGUGCAGAACAGCAAUGGCUCGCCGAUGUACCAUGCGCGACAACUGCAUGGCUCGUCUGCUAGUCUCGGAAUUCAUAGGACGCAUUGCGAGCUGGACACGAGACCUGCAACGAGAAAGAAUGAGAUGGAUCCGGAGAAAGUGGUGUUGCCAGGCACAAGAUACGUGCCGCCUCGAGCGAGCAUUAGUCCGGAUUCUGCUGUGGAUCAGAUGAUCAGUGAUGGCUACACGGAGUUUGCUAAGAUCAGGCGAUGA